AUGGUUGGACAAGACCCUCACCAAGGCGGUAGCCUUUCUGAAAUGGCCGCCCAAGGCACAAACAUCCCCAACGACGCGGGCAAAAUGAACACCAUUCCCUCAGUACCCCGUCCAGACCAGCGUGCCGACCACUUCGGCUUCGACAACGCCGGCAUUGCAGAGCCGUCAGCAGCAAUGGCCGCCGACAACACCACCGACAUGCCACGCUCGACCCGCGACAUCGGCCAGAGUGGCGAAGUCAUCAGCGGGACUGGGAACUCUAUGCCGGCCGGCAUUGAGUCCAAGCAUAACUACAUGGGCACGAACCACCACGCUGGCCACGGUGAUACUCGCGGCUUCAAGCAUGCCAAGUAUGAGCGAAGUGAAUAUGAGCGCUACCAGUCGUAG